CCUCCUGAGCUCCGCCCCUCCCUCGGCUGCCACGGGCUUUGGAGCAUCUCGAGGCCCCGCCUCCUGAGCUCUGCUCUGACUGAGCACUCGGAGCCUUGCAGCCUGGCCCCGCCCCUUAUCCAGCACCCACUGCCCACUGGGCACCUCGGGUCCCCUCGGGCUCCCGGGACUCGCUUCCGCGGUCGCCAUGACGGCGGCCGUGUUCUUCGGUUGCGCCUUCAUCGCCUUCGGGCCCGCGCUCUCUCUCUACGUCUUCACCAUCGCCACCGACCCUUUGCGCGUCAUCUUCCUCAUCGCCGGAGCUUUCUUCUGGUUGGUGUCUCUUCUGCUUUCAUCUGUUUUUUGGUACCUAGUGAGAGUCAUUACUGACAACAGAGAUGGACCAAUACAGAAGUACCUGCUCAUCUUUGGAGUGUUGCUCUCUGUCUGUUUCCAAGAACUGUUCAGGUUUGCGUAUUAUAGGCUGUUGAAAACAGCCAGUGAGGGUUUGAAAAGCGUAAACCCUGAGGAGACAACACCCUCAAUGCAACUGUUGGCCUAUGUUUCUGGCUUGGGCUUUGGAAUCAUGAGUGGAGUGUUUUCCUUUGUGAACACCCUGUCUGACUCGUUGGGGCCAGGCACAGUGGGCAUUCAUGGUGAUUCUCCUCAGUUCUUCCUUAAUUCAGCUUUCAUGACGCUGGUGAUCAUAAUGCUGCAUGUGUUCUGGAGCAUUGUGUUUUUUGAUGGCUGUGAGAAGAAAAAGUGGCACACCCUCCUUACAGUUCUCCUGACUCACCUGCUGGUGUCCACCCAGGGUUUCUCUGUGUAGAUCCGGCACCUUUCCUGGAACUUACUCUGUAGCCCAGGCUGGCCUCAAACUCACAGAGAUCCGCCUGCCUCUGCCUCCCGAGUGCUGGGAUUAAAGGCAUGUGCCACCCCCGCCUGGCGGCCUGUUACUCCUCACCAUGACAUCUUUGGAUCGGAUUGGUACCAUUCACUGCAAGCUUGUUCCUUCCCCACUACUUUUGUCUCUUUCAAGGUUAGUGCUUUUCAAGCCUUCAUUUACCAUCAAGGCAGAAAUAAUGAGUCAGCCUUGGCAUCUGCCUCACAUUCAGUCAGUCAGCAAGCCCUGUGAGCUCAUCCUGUUCACUCUCCAUCCCCACCACUACCACCCUAAGUAACCAUCCUAUGCUCUCCUCACCCAGUGCAAUCUUCUCCUAACUCAUCUUGAUUCACCAUAAUCUCCCUUAAUCCUUUUUAUGCAGUUUGAAAAAUCAAAAUCAACCAUUAUUAUCCCAACCUAAACCUUUUCUAUGACCCUGCAUUGCACAGAGAAUAACAUUCACAUUGUUUACCCACAGGCUCCUCAGCUGUCUGACCUCAUCUGAUCCUCCAUCCCUAAACUAUAUUCAUUUGGGCUCUAGUUUUCAUCCGUUUCCAGCUCUUGGUCCUCACCUUUGCUCCUCCCACAGCCAGCCUAUACAGGGUUCCUCUUGCUAUCUGUCUCAGGUUAAGUGCCAUUUUCUCCAGGCCUCCAUCACCCCUUAAGAAGAUCACCAUGUUCUCAUCCUAGCAUUCAUCACAACUCUAAAUAUUCUGUCUUACUAUCAAUCAUAAUUUGCAAUUAAUUAUUUAAUUACUUCUUCAUUAUCUGUGUUAUUUAGUAGUAUAUAAGUUCCAUUAUGGUGGAUACUUGUCUUCAGUAAUUUCACUCAAUGUAACCAUUUGGCACUCUCUAUCAGUCAUUCUUUGGUGCUGGGGAUUGAACCCAGGCCUUCAGGCACUCUACCACUGAGCUGUGUUCCUGAUAGUGUUUUAUAAUGAUUAAACUUUUGGAAUCCAUAGCAAUUGUACAGCCAAAAGCAUGUUCCUUUGAAUACUAAUGGUUCAUAUUAAAGUAAUCUAGAUGUACCUGACUUUGCUGCAAAUUCUUAGAGCCAAUUUAAUUAACACAGAAAUGGCUACAAAUCAGGCCCAGGUGCUCCAUUGUUUUCUGUUAAGUAUCCCAUUAGGUCCUGGCUAAAGCUGUCUUCUGGGGUUGCCAUUUGAGUCAAGCACAGGGCAAGUUCACAGACCAGUGUCUGCUGGGCCUUCCUGAGUCUCUCACACAGGACAGUCAUCCCAUGUUUGUGAGACGCAGUCCAGCUGUUGAAAGCAUUGUGUAUUUUCCUCUGUCUCUGUUUAUUCCACAGGUUUUAAAAGCUUGUGCUUUUACCCAAGCUGAUUUCCUUUUCCU